AUGCCAUCCCGAACCAAAUCCAAGGCUGCAUCAUCAUCCGCAGCAGCAACACAACCUCAGGUCAUUACCGAUGUGAAUCAAUUGUACAAAAUGAAAGACCACUAUUAUAAGAAUCAACAUGGAUAUACCAAACGUGCCAAUUACAAUAUUUCAAAAUACAUGAAGCAACAAGACCUUGAUGACAACAACUCUUCUCUCAAAAAAAAACACAAAAAGAAUAUUCAUCAAGUGGCUAAAAUCAUUCCCGAUGUGACUCCAACUCAACCCUACAUCAAACCUGCUGAAUUAGUUGAUCAAUAUCCUCUCUUGAGAAUUAACCCAAGAACAAUCAAAAAUUCAGAUCAAAAACAUGAAAUUGUGACCAAACAACGUAAAUUAAAAAGAAUUUUACAAAGUAAGAAUAGAAAAGAACGUCGAAAUUUGGGAGUUCCAAUUCAACAACCAAAAACACAAGAAGAUAAAAGAAUUUAUGAUCCAUCCAUUAUUACUCCAUACAAGACUAAUUAUCAUCCUGAAAAUGAUUUGGAAUAUAUUAAGAAUUUCAAUGAACAAGUUCAACAAGCAAAACAAGAAACAUUGGCAGAAGAAGAGAAUAUGGAUGAAUUUGAAGAAUAUUUCAAAAAUGGAAAAGAACCAAAAAUAUUAAUUACCACUCAAUACAAUGCCAUGUUAGAUAAGGCUAAAUCAGCAUCUAAAUUUACCAUGACAUUUAUUAAGGAAUUAUUGAAUUGUAUUCCGAAUAGUAUUUUCAUGAAAAGAAAACAAUAUUAUGUGAAAGAUGUUUUGAAAUAUGCUGAAAAGAAUGAUUACACCGAUGUGAUGGUCAUUGGUGAGAGAAAUAACAAACCAUCCUCUUGUUUGUUAAUUCAUUUACCUCAUGGUCCAAGCGCUACUUUUAGAUUAUCAUUUCCAAAAUUAAGAAAAGAUUUAAGAAAUGUCACUCCUGCUAAAAUUGAUCGAGAUUAUUGUCAAAAAUAUUAUCCAGAAUUAAUUUUGAACAAUUUUACAACUCGUUUGGGUUAUCGAGUGGCAAGAAUGUUUCAAGCCAUGUUUCCUCAAAAACCUAAUUUCACAGGAAGAAGAGUAGUCACUCUUCACAAUCAACGAGAUUUUAUAUUCUUUAGACAUCAUAUUUAUCAAUUUUAUGAUGUAGAUGAAAAGAAUAAGGGAAAUGAUCAUUCAGAAUAUGAUCGAGAUGAUGUCUAUUUGGCAAGAAAUGUGAAACAAGAAAUUGAAAAAUUGAACAAGCAAUUGAAAGUUGUGAAUAAUGAAAUGGACAUUCAACAAAGUGAUGAUGAAGAGAACACUGAUGAAGAGAAUGAAGAGAACACUGAGAAUGACAUGAAUGAAGAGGAUGAAGAAAUUGCCAAUGAAGAUGACAUUUCACAACGAGUGGAGAAUCAUGCUAAAAAGACAGUCACUGUAACGAAGGGAGUUAAAAUUAAUGAAAUUGGACCAAGAGUGACCUUUCGAUUGCAAAGUUUGCAAUUAGGCAAGUUUGAUAACUUGUUUGGUGAAUUUGAGUGGUAUGGAAGAAAUGAAUUGAUUUCUGAUAGGAAACAAUUUGUCAUUUAA